AUGAUUAUGACUAACGGAGUUCAGGCUUUGUCGAACGGUGUCCAAGCUUUGUCCCUGUCUCCUGUAUCUCCCACGUUGUCCUUAAGCCCAAUAGAUUUGUCAAAAUGCAGCGAAUCGGAGUUAGGGCUCUUUCUGUCUCAAAGGAUGGAACUGGUCUGGCACGGGGAAUUCGAUCGUCUGUUUACCCAGUACUACCCACAUGCCUGGUACCUGGUUCCGACCUUCUACCCUCCCAGUGACAGGUGGCGAGUCUUCAAGGACAGUGCCAAAGUCCGAUUCUCCUGUCAGGAAUGCGGUCACGGCUGGACGUCUAUGAAAGGGCGUGUCAUUUUCUGGUUCCACCUCAACUACGCCACUAACUCUGGUUACGUGAUGUUCAAGUUGUACGGCCAGCAGUGCCAGAAGUGCAAGAACGGGAGCUACGAGCACGCAAUGUGGUAUCCAGAGGAAGUCGUCAAGGUGAUUGGUAAUGUGUACAACAGGGUUGGUCAAGUCUUCUAUGGGUUUGUCCGACCCCCACUGAGGAUUGACCGUCGCCAAGGGAAACCCCGAAAUCAACAUAACGCAGAUCUUUGUCAGGCCUGUAAGGAAGGACUUUGUAAGGAGGAGUGGUCAUUUUCUUGA